AUGACUGAGCGUAAAGGUGAUCUAGGAUCUGGUCUGAGCGUGGUUUUGAACGUGGAGCCGAGCGAUUAUCCUGAAUGGUCUUUGACGCCAUACAACGGAGCUAAGAUUCUCCUUAACGAUCCAACUGACUAUCCAGAAAUAACAGUUUUAUACAAAUAUGUCGUGCUGGGUCAGUCAUUAGAUAUUAAAGUGGAACCGAGGAUAUUCCAAAGUGAUGAUGACAUCAGACACGUGCCUUUGGAGAAGCGCAAUUGCGCCUUCCACGAUGAAUUCUUACUUCAACAUACGGACAGAUUUAGUAGCGAAACUUGUAAAACUGAAUGUAAAAUGAAGAACUAUGCAGAUCAGUGCGGAUGCGUACCAUAUAAAUAUCCGAAAGAUAAGGCUUUACGAAUUUGCGAUUUCGGAGACCUGGAAUGUCUGAACAAUUUGCGUGCUCGUGAUAUAGAAUGGGAGAAAGAUUGCACGCCAAUUUGCUACAUAGAAUGUCGAGAUAAGAGAUACAGUAUUACCAGUGACGUCAUGCCGCUGCUAGCAGAUUUCUACCCGAGGAAUAUAACGUUAGGUCGUAACAUUAGUGAACUGUCGUCGCUUCAAGUGUACUUUGCAAAGUCAACAUGCAACUGUUUUAAAAAUAUGCUCCUCAUUGACUUCAACUAUUUCAUUGCUACCUACGGAGGAGUUUUCUCGCUAAGCUUCGGUGUCUCGAUAAUAACGCUAUUUGAAGUAAUUUACUCGUUCUUGUUUUCUGUAUUGGGAAUGUCUUGUAAUUAUUUGAAAAAUACAAAUAAAACUAUUGCAAACUAUGGUGUGUUCAUUUUAUUACUCAGAUAA